GAAACGGGGUGGGGUUGUUCGGGAGUAAAGGAGAAGGAGGGGAAAAUCAGUGGCGAGGGAACGGGAACGGGAACGGGAGCGUUCCUUGGUUCAGUCAGUUCAGCGAAGUCCGUCGAAGGUGAAAAGUCUCUCCUUCUUCUUUACUCUCGGUUGUCAUAAACGAGAGAGACUCUCCACGAUCACCUUGCCCGUUACUUUUUAACUUUUAACGCGUAAAUACGUGCGUGGUCGCGUGCUGGUGCAGAUAUAUUACACAUACCGACUCGACAAGUGUGUGCACGUGUGUGUUAAUGCGUGUCCGUGAGUUUUCUAUCGUCCUCGAGAGAUAUUGGUGUCGAUGCUGUAUCAAAUUCGAAGCUAACCGAGAGAUCUUUAUUGGGGAUUGGUCGCAUUGAUGAAAACAUUUCGACUGUUAAGUAUGUUUCAGGAUCUAACGCUUGAUUAGCUGUCGCCAUCUUCUUCCUACAGUUGACAGCUUGAGUGCAUUUGAAAGUACACACACGUUACAUUGUUCCUAGCGGAUAUACAUAUAUACGCGCGCUCACACACGUAUACACACACAUCGAGAUAUAUAUAUAUAUAUAUGUACAUCUAUAUAUACGUAUAUAGUUGUUGAUUUGGUGCAUCUAUGUGUCCUUGCCGUGCGAUAGCAUCCUCCCUUUACGUCGACAUACGAUAGCCAGGUCGAUUCCGCCGAUUUCAACCUACUAUGUUGGAAUUCUCCGUACAACAUGCCGAAGUCGCUCUUUCCACGGCCGCCGAGGAUGUGGGAGAUGGAAUUCAAGGGCACGAUAAUGACACCGAUCCUCCUGUUGACAGCGUGUACAUGAUAUGUGGUGUAUUGAUCGCUUUGGUAUUAGUCGGUGUUAUCAUCGUUCUACUAGCUGUAACGAUCAGUAAGUUGCGGAAACGAGAGGAUCAUUCGAAUGCAGUACAUCCGGAAGCAGCCGUAGUUCAAACGGCAACAUCGCCGGUUUCGACGAUCGUCGCUCCGUCUUAUCCUGGCGAAGGUUGUUGCACGCAAACAUCAGUGACUACAACAUCGACGGAUCUGGGAAAUAGCACAGCUGUUGAACAGGAUAACGUCUAUACCACCGCCAAUCCGGCAGAUCAAUUCGUCUGGCAGUUUCCGCCUCCUUAUCCACCGCCUCAUACACCGACACAGUAUACGUUGUACAACGACCAGGAUACACUUGUACACGCUCUACCGUCGGAUAGGCCUGGAUUUGCAAAGGGCUUCCGUAAAAAUAUCGGAGGACGCUGGCGUCGCUUGGUAAAAAGGAAGCCGGAGUCGGAGACUUGUGCCAUUCCUCCUGAAUUAAAGGAUCAACUGAAAACAAUUUACGUCUAUUGACGAUCAGCGUUAAUGCGCCGUUGUCUAUAUUUUUAUAAUUCUUCCUCGGUUAUCGAUGAUUUCCUCUAUGUAAGAUAGUAAUUAUAUCGAGAAAGAUGUAUAUGGUAUGAAUGACAAAGAAUAAAGAAAAAAAAUGCGUAAUGGGAUAGUUCAUCAAAAAAAGACAAAGAAAAAAUAUCGAAUAUAUUUGUUCAUAUAAACAAAAA